GAUAACACUAUUCUAUUCCUCCUUCCUUCAUUGCUCCUCUCCCUCUCUCCUUACCCUCAAGGCUCAGCAGUUUCUCUUCAAGCCAACUCUUUCUUCCCCAUUCCUCUGUCUGUCCAUAUCAGACCUCUCAUCAGUGCACUUUCAACACACUCCACUUCAAGUUCACACACACACACAGACAGAGUCUCUGUCUCCAAGAAAAUAGAGAGAAAGAGGCCAUGAAUAAUGUUGAUGAGCUGAAUUCUUCAGCCACACCAAACCAGCUGGACCUGCUCAUGACAAUGCACAUGGAAAAGCCGCCCGAGUUUUACGACGGUAUGUGCAGAGAGUUGGCCAACCUGACACCCCCCGAGUUCAACACCGCCAAUAUGGAUAUGAGAAGCUUCGGGGACAAUGGCGUUGACGUUUGCCCGCAUUUCGUCGCUCCCUACUCAUUCCCAAACCUACCCCCGCCGACGUCGUUCUCCACCCCAUUCCCGUUCUAUGAACAGACCCUGAAUGCGCCGCCCCGGAGCAUGCCCGAUGGCUCGCAAUUGCCGUCGAUGGCGGCGAUGAGGGAGAUGAUAUUCAGGAUCGCGGCAAUGCAGCCGGUGCACCUAGACCCGGAGGCGGUGAAGCCGCAGAGGAGGAGGAACGUGAGGAUAUCGAAGGACCCACAGAGCGUGGCGGCGCGGCACCGGCGGGAGCGGAUAAGCAAGCGGAUUAGGAUCCUGCAGCGGCUCGUGCCGGGCGGGACCAAGAUGGACACAGCGUCGAUGCUGGACGAGGCCAUCCACUACGUGAAGUUCCUGAAGGACCAAGUGCGGUCGCUCGAGCGAGCCUCGGCUGACGGCAACAGUGGGGCUCAUAACGGGGCGAAAUUCCCUGCGGCCGGGUCGGAUGGGAGCUAUGGUGCUCCGGCGUACCAGCAUUCGCAUUGUGAUGCUAAUUCGGGAUAUGGAGAUGAUGUUUAAAAUGCAACGACAGCCAUUUCCCGAAUUAACAAUGAAAUGACUGAUGCAUUUAUGUUGUUUUCUCAUGUUGGCAUGGUUACGUGGUUUAGAUCAAAUUAAUUUUAAAUACACAACUUACAUA